UGUGUCUGCAGUAUCCGCUUGAAUUCCUCAGCUUGUUCAGGAAUGGAGAAUCUCCAGCAGUGUUAAAUAUAUUACCAUCAAUUUAGGAGAUGGCUGCUUUGCAAAGGAAGGGGCUUCAGGCAAGGAUUCUCAGCUCUGAAGAAGAGGAGAAACUGACAAGAGACCAAGCUUUAGUGUCUGAUUAUAAACAGCAAAAACUGGAAAAAGAGGCUCAGAAGAACUGGGACCUUUUUUACAAAAGAAAUAGCACUAAUUUCUUCAAAGAUAGACACUGGACCACCAGAGAGUUUGAGGAGCUCAGAUCAUGUAGAGAGUUUGAAGAUCAAAAAUUGACUAUGCUUGAAGCUGGCUGUGGGGUUGGGAACUGUUUAUUCCCGCUUUUAGAAGAUCCGAAUAUCUUUGCCUAUGCCUGUGAUUUUUCUCCAAGAGCAGUUCAAUAUGUCAAGCAAAAUCCUUUAUAUGACACAGAAAGAUGCAAGGUAUUCCAGUGUGAUCUGACUAAAGAUGACCUUCUGGAACACGUGCCCCCGGAGUCUGUGGAUGUUGUCAUGUUGAUAUUUGUGCUCUCUGCAGUUCACCCUGAUAAAAUGCACCUUGUCUUACAAAACAUUUACAAGGUAUUAAAACCAGGCAAAAGUGUCUUGUUUCGCGACUAUGGGCUGUAUGAUCAUGCCAUGCUUAGGUUUAAAGCCGGCAGCAAACUUGCAGAAAACUUUUAUGUUAGACAAGAUGGAACCAGAUCGUAUUUUUUCACUGAUGAAUUCCUGGCACGGCUCUUUAUGGACACAGGUUACGAAGAAGAGGUAAACGAGUAUGUGUUUCGUGAGACGGUGAAUAAAAAAGAAGGCCUGUGUGUGCCGAGGGUUUUCCUUCAGAGCAAGUUCCGAAAGUCUCUGAAGAACCCAACUCCUGUGACCCCGCACCUGGGCCAUGAGUCCUGA